AAUUAAAUACUCAAGUGAGAGUGUAAAAAAAAGUCUGCAGUGCUAAAACUGCCAAAAGUUAAAGAAACACUCAUAAACUUUUAACUAUAUCAUCAAGCCCUAAUAUUUUUGUAUAAACAGUAGGGAAGGGCUCUUGUGUGAAAGCAUUGCUCAACCAUUUCCAUCUGCUUUGUUUAUGUGCUGCUGUUUGUCUUUGUGCAGAAAGCGUGCUCAUUUUCAUGCAGCUCUGUGUGUAACAGUCAACUCUAUGAACCUCACAGAGCACAUUCUGUUCUAGUUCAGGAGUACGGACCCCUUUAGAAAAGCACAGUGUUUCCUGCAUGGCAGGGGGCUGGAGGAGGUCAUGGUUGGGGCUGGGCUCAUUGUGUGAGGCGGGAGGCCGGGGAAGGGGGCCUGUCCCGAGGCCUUGAGUGUCCUCUGUGGUGUGUCCUGUGUCGGGGAGGAAGGGAGAGACUCAGACAGGCCUGUCAGAGAGGGAAGGGUGCAUUCCGGCUGCCUGCAGACAUGCUGAGUGUCAGACUUCCACAGCUCUUUGACUUCCACCAGGUGCCAAAGGUGUUUCGGGAGGACAGCAUCAUGUCUGGGUACCGGCAUCCCAGGAGCUCAGCCCUGGACUGCAUUCUCAGCAGUUUUCAGAUGACCAAUGAGACGGUUAAUAUCUGGACCCACUUUCUGCCAACCUGGUACUUCCUGUGGCGAUUUAGUGUGCUGUGCUUCACACUUGACUUCCUGUAUGAGAGCUACACGUGGCCGCUGCUGGUCUAUAUGCUUCUCAUCUGCCUGUACCCCUUCACCUCCAGCUGUGCCCACACCUUCAGUACCAUGUCACCUGAGGCUCGCCACAUCUGCUACUUCUUCGACUACGGAGCUCUCAGCCUGUACAGUCUCGGCUGCGCCAUCGCUUACGGAUCUUACGUGAUGCCCGACUGCUGGGUAAAUAGUUGGCUUCACCAGUAUUUUGUGCCGAUCGCCGUUGGCAACACACUCUUUUGUACUAGCAUGUCCUGUUACUCCAGGUUUAUUGAGCUGCAGUUCCCACACAGAAGUAAAAUCAUGCGGACAGCUGCAUUUGUCGUUCCCUUCCUGUUUGAUAGCGUCCCUCUGUUCUACCGAAUGCUGUUGUGCUGUUGGGGGAGCUGUAGCCCCAGUGAAGCAUUGGCCAGUCACUCAGAUCAUCUGCUCUUUGCGUUUCUCACAUGUUUUCUGUUUGCUUCUCAUCUCCCUGAGAGACUGGCUCCUGGUCGCUUUGACUACAUCGGUCACAGUCACCAGCUCUUUCACAUAUGUGCAGUGGUGGGCACCCACUUCCAGAUGGAGGCAGUGUUAGCGGACAUGACAUCUCGCAAAGGGUGGCUAAUGUCCCACUCGACUUUACCUUCCUUUUUGGGUACCUUGGGAGCACUCACUCUGGGCGUACUGCUCAACGUGGCUAUCAUCGGGAUCUUUAGCGCCAGUUUAAUGCAUACACCCCACCAAAGCACUUUGGCCCCUAGUGCCACCCACUCACAACAGGCACUCCCUGUGAGCAAAGAGGAAUAACUUUUAACUCAGAAACCACUGAGAACUCAACACCUCUGCUCACUGUAAACCAGCACCUUUAGCCAAGGGCACACUACAAGACUCAAGGUCACACACUGCUAUGUGGACUUCUUGUCGCAGAAUAGUCGACAACUAAAAACAUUGAUGUGAUGUGCUUUGGUCUUAGUGUGUGCUUAGCUAUUCUAGAUGAUUUUAUUCUAGAUUUUAGUAGCAAAUGUAUGCAGUCACCUUCACUGAUAUAUAAGCAAAAUAAUUGUGUUGCUUAUAUUUGUACUAAAGCAUUGAACUAAAUGUUUUUAUUAUUUAUAUUUUUAUUAUUUUAUUAUUUAUUAUUUGUUUUUAUUAUUUCUGCCGAUAACCCUGAAAAUAAUCAAGACCUUUCUGGUGUUCUUUAACCAUUGUGCCUUAGAUUUGUUUUUUAUUUACUGACAUGAAAGGUCGAGGGGUGAAUGACGCGAAUAUUAAAGGUUAUGGCUUAUAUAACUACAAACAGUAGUGUUGUAGUAGUUUUUUUUUUUUUUUUUUACAAAAUAAAAUGAAAGUCAAAUAUCACUACAUAUAAAUGUUAUCAUACCAUUAACUGGAAAAUUAUUGGAAAGCAUUAAUCAGGGAUUUUAAAUUUGCAUUAAUUUCAUCAUUAAUGACCUCAUUAAUAUAAUUAAUUAUAUUGCAUUGGUCUUUUAAGGUUUUACAAUGUGUUUCAUAUCAAAGUACUGUGGGGUCAAAAAGUCUCAUUGAAAACCUGGCAUUCAAAAUGUAAUUUAAACUGGGAAUUUUUCGUAUUUUUACAAAUGUAAUAAAAUAAUAAUAGAUAAAAAAGUUAAGAUGUAAAAUUAAUAAGCCAGCUUGAGUGCAUGUUAUCAUAAAAGCAAUAGAGGGGCCAUACUAAAUACAAUAAAAUUAUUUAAUUCAUUUGAACAUUUCUUUCCUCAAAUUGUUAUGCUGAUAAUGUUAUUUGUAAUGGGGGAAAUUAUAUUAAAUAAGAAAAAUGCAAAACAGAAGCAUUUUCACUAGUGAUUUCAUACUUCUGUAUAUGGUGAUCUCAAAACUAAUGAUGGUGAAAAUCUUAUAAACUGAAAUUACUGACAGGUGGGUAGUCAGUCUCCAUUUAAAAGAAAUUUUGCCCCUUUAAAUUUGUGAUUUACAUUCAUCCCCCGUUUUAUCUAGAUUCACUCUUUCAAUUCAGCACAGAAUUAUUUGAAAUGGCUGGACCACUUUUCGUUUAAUUGUACAAAUUAUUCCUAAGGUACAGUACAUAACUUUAAUUAGUUGAGGGGAAAAAGGACUAUUUCUCUGAAAAAUGUUUCAGCUUUUCAAGUUCAAGUUUUUGUCUAAUAAUUGCUCAUUUAAGCAUCAUUGUACUCUCUGCAUCUCAUGGGGGCUGCGCUGGAGUUUUCUUCACAGUCAUUUAGAUGUUCGUCAUAUAGCGAGAUGGUAUGUCAUGAAUAACUUGAGUUGUGUCUAUUUCUGCAUCAAGUCGUUUUACUGUGGUAUUGAUUUGUUCAUUACAGGCCUAUGACAUUCAAUAUACUCUGUUUAUCUAAAAGCACAAGGUUUUAUAUUUAAAUACUUAUUGUCAGUUCAAAUGCCAUCUUUGUACCCUGGUGGAGUGCAGAACUCAAAACAAGUUGUUCUUUAUGUUGCAUAUUGCUCAUUGGCCUUACACUUGUUACUUGCUGCUCUUAAAGAGAUAGUUCACGCAAAAAUGAAAAUUCUGACAUCAUUUGCUUACCCUCAUGUUGUUACAAACUGUUAUGACGUUCUUUCUUCAGUGGAAGAAGUCAGUUAGUAAGUUGAACUUGAGAACCAAAACAGAUCAGUUUUGUGAACCAGGUCAACCGAUUUAUUGGAAUGAUCUGACACAAUGACUCAAACCAAUGAUUCGCUUCUUCUCUUGUGAACGUGGUAAGGAGAGCUUUAUGUCAAGAUUUUAAGUGAAUAAUGACUUUUUGGUCAGCAUUUUGGUCACACAAUGCUAUUGUAUGACUUCAGAACAGGGUCAGAAAUUUAGUGGGGCUCGGGGCAAAAAUGCAACCAAAAGUAACAAAAAACAGGAAAUGCCCCUGCCCCUGUGAUGUUUUAUAUAUAUAUAUAUAUACACACACAGUAUAUGUACAGUAUAUAAUAACAUCUUAAAUUUAGUACUUAAUAUUCUAUUAUUAAUUCAGUUAUGUUAUCAAAUAAAAUAUGAUUUGAUUUAAUUUUAUGGAUAUUAAGAACAAAAUAUUCAGAUUGAGAACUUGUGUUAACAAAUUGAUUAAUGUAUUUGAAUAAAAAGAAUACACUUUUCAAGAUGUUUGUGGAGGGGGGAAAUGCCCUCAUAAACUUUAAUGAAAAUUAAAAUCCAAAUUUCUUUAUGGAAAAGUUCAUUUCUGACACUGCUUCAGAAUAUUUGGAAUAUAGGGCAAAAGUCAUAUGGACCACUUUUUUGUACCUUUUUGAAGCUUCAAAGCUCCAGUCCCAAUUCAAAUGUAGUUGCAUGGAAAAGAGCGGCCAUUACAUUCUUGAAAACUUCUCAGUUCCACAGAAGAAAAAUUCAUAGGAGUUUGGAACGACAUAAAUUUGAGUAUAUGAUAAAAUAAUUUUCAUUUUUGGGUGAACUGUCCUCUUCAAAGUAGAAACAGUUCUAAAAAAACAACAAUCUAACCAUUAUGUAUGGCUAUAAGCUGUUAACCUCUGAACUGUCACUUUGCCCUUAAGAGUACUUUAUUUUCUUUAACCUAACCUAAUGGUGCAGGACAGGUACGUAGGUUUAUAAUUCUGUGCCAUUAAUUUUCAAUCAGCUUAGCAGAACCUUUUCUAACAAUCUCUGAUGGUCGGUCACAUGGUGGUAAUGACAUCUUAGUUAGAGUUUAUGAAAGGGAUCCUGGGUUAAAAAGGAAUUGUAGGUGUUUAAAUGGUCCAUGAUGGAAAGUUUCUGCAUUUUUCCACUUGUCUGUUUGUAGUUUGACAGCAGAACACCUUGUUAAAUAUGAGUGUGUGUGUUUUUCAGCUCCAUUCCUAAUGGAGUCUGUUCUUCUGCACAAAGAGGUUUAGAUGUGAAUGUGACCAGUGACAAUAGUAUUUUCUACGCUAGAAAAGAAAUGAAAUGUUAAAGGUAUUUGUGUCCCAAUCCCUGUGUGUUUGUUGGCCCAGAUGAAUGUAUUGCAGUGUUGGAAACUGUGUUUUUAAAAGCCCUUUAAUGUUACAAUGUAGCACUUAUCACCAAUGCCACUUAAUAAUUUUUAGUUUUGAAAAGGUCCUAGAAUUUUGUGAUGGAUGUAAGCUUUGAGGAGGAAUUGAGUCCCUUGAGAUUCACUUUGUAAUUUUUAUUUUUUACUUUAAUAAAUGUAUUUCCCUUUGAAUCAAAGUAUAAUAUGUGAUCUGAAUUGGCACCUUUUUUCGAUUGUCAGUUUGGAAAUAUUUUUGUACCGUGAGAGAAAAAAUAUGAUUGUUUUAAAAAUGGUUCAAAUAAAACUGACUCAUUAUUUA